AGGCUGUGGCGGCGGCGGCGGCGGCGGCGGCGGCGGCGGCGGCAGCGGCGGCGCAGGGUGCCCGAUCCUGCUCGGACGGCCUGUGGAGCCUCCCACCCGCUUCCAUAAGGCUUUGCCUUUCCAACUUCAGCUACAGUGUUAGCUAAGUUUGGAAAGAAGACUACAAGAAGACCCCCGGGCCGUUUCUCUUUUGUUCUUUGCCCUAGCAGUCGUUGGGGUCUUUUUGCACACGGCUGUUGUGUUUUUAGCGGUGCUCUCCUCGGUUCCUUGCACUCCUGUGAACAAGCAGCUCACCAAGAGCAGCGGCAGUAACAGUAGCAUCAGAAGAGCAAGCGGGGGGCGCCGGGUGUCAUGUCCAAGGCAAGAGAGCAAAACCACCGGGGAGGAUGCUGCGGAUCCAUAGCAAACUACCUGACCUCUGCAAAAUUCCUUCUCUACCUUGGUCAUUCUCUAUCUACUUGGGGAGAUCGGAUGUGGCACUUUGCCGUGUCUGUGUUCUUGGUAGAGCUCUAUGGAAACAGCCUCCUCUUGACUGCAGUCUACGGGCUGGUGGUGGCAGGGUCUGUUCUGGUCCUAGGAGCCAUCAUUGGCGAUUGGGUGGAUAAGAAUGCCAGACUUAGAGUGGCUCAGACUUCGCUGGUGGUACAGAAUGUUUCGGUCAUCCUGUGUGGGAUCAUUCUGAUGAUGGUUUUCUUACAUAAAAAUGAGCUUCUGACCAUGUACCAUGGAUGGGUUCUUACUUCCUGUUAUAUCUUGAUCAUCACUAUUGCCAAUAUUGCAAAUUUGGCUAGUACUGCCACGGCCAUCACCAUCCAAAGGGACUGGAUUGUUGUCGUUGCAGGAGGAGACAGAAGCAAAUUAGCAGAUAUGAAUGCUACAAUACGAAGAAUUGACCAGUUAACCAACAUCUUGGCCCCCAUGGCUGUUGGCCAGAUUAUGACAUUUGGCUCUGCAGUCAUUGGCUGUGGCUUCAUUUCGGGGUGGAAUUUGGUGUCCAUGUGUGUGGAAUACUUUCUGCUCUGGAAGGUUUAUCAGAAAACACCUGCUCUAGCUGUGAAAGCUGCUCUUAAAGUAGAGGAAGCUGAAUUGAAACAGCUGAAUUUACAUAAAGAAACUGAGCCAAAAUCCCUGGAGGGAACUCAUCUAAUGGGUGAGAAAGGCCCUAAUGUCCAUGAGCUUGAAGUUGAGCAAGAGCCAAGCUGCGCCUCCCAGAUGGCUGAGCCCUUCCGCACCUUCCGAGAUGGAUGGGUCUCCUAUUACAACCAGCCGGUGUUUCUGGCGGGCAUGGGUCUUGCUUUCCUCUAUAUGACUGUCCUGGGCUUUGAUUGUAUCACCACAGGGUACGCCUACACUCAGGGGCUGAGCGGGUCUAUCCUCAGUAUUUUGAUGGGAGCAUCAGCCGUCACUGGAAUAAUGGGAACCGUGGCUUUUACUUGGCUCAGGAGAAAAUGUGGCCUGGUGCGGACGGGCCUGAUCUCAGGAUUUGCACAGCUUUCCUGUCUGAUCUUGUGUGUCAUCUCUGUGUUCAUGCCUGGAAGCCCCUUGGACUUGUCUGUUUCUCCUUUUGAAGAUAUCCGUUCUAGGUUCAUUCAAGCAGAACCACUGUCCACGAUGACCCCUACAAAAAUACCUGAAAGCAUCUUGACAACUGAAACGUACAUGUCAAACAGGUCUGACCCUGCUAAUAUUGUCCCAGAGAUGAGUCCUAAAUCUGUGCCCAUAAUCUCUGUCAGUCUGCUAUUUGCAGGCGUCAUCGCUGCUAGAAUCGGUCUUUGGUCCUUUGAUUUAACUGUGACACAGUUGCUGCAAGAAAAUGUAAUUGAAUCUGAACGAGGCAUUAUAAAUGGUGUACAGAACUCGAUGAACUAUCUUCUCGAUCUUCUGCAUUUCAUCAUGGUCAUCCUGGCUCCGAAUCCUGAAGCGUUUGGCUUGCUCGUAUUGAUUUCAGUCUCAUUUGUGGCAAUGGGCCACAUCAUGUAUUUUCGAUUUGCCCAGAAGACUCUGGGCAGCAAGCUUUUUGCCUGUGGUACUGAUGAAAAAGAAAUCGCGAAUGAAAAUCAAACGAAUACAUCUGUUGUGUGAGACAGUUGAGCUGUUGCUGCCCUUCUUACUAGGUUAUAUAGAGCACGUAUGCUUAUUUUGUACUUCAGCAUCCCAAGAAAUGGCUAGGUGUUUCUCUCUGGUUUUACCCCAGUUGUAUUGUGAGGGCUAAAAGCUAUUUAGGAAACUUAGGUCAGAGGAAGUGAGCUGGUUAAUUUCUCUUACAUUUAAGGAUGGAAAAAAAAAAUUCAGAAAAGAAAAACUCUGUUUAAACGUAGAGAGUAGAAUGGUAGCACUGAUUUUCCCUAUUUCUCAUGAGUAGAUAAAAUUUUACAUGAAGAGCGGUUAGUCAUGGGAUUUAACUUAAUUCUUUGGCAGAUAUUUAUUAUCUGUGCAAGAAUUCAGAUAUGUCAUUUUUCCCUAAAACUCAUUCAUGUCCAGGUCUAGCUAAUUUACUUUCUUUUUAGCAUCUUAUUCACAUUAUAAAAAGCAAAUUCUGCUUCACGUAUGAAGAUGAGAGUUUGAGAAAGUAUUAUUCUUAGGGAUCCUAUUGACUGUAAGGGAUUUACAUUUAUAUGGAAAAAUGAAAUCCUUAACUAGAAUUCCCAAAUAGGAUUUAUGGUUGUAACUUUAGAGAGCACCUUUGUAUUUUUAUUAUCAUGGUGAAAUAUUGUAUUAAGCAUAUGUAGCACUUCAUAAAUGGCUAUCACGUAAGCUGCAGGUAGAAGCAAAGCUGUAGAUUUAUAACACAGUAAACGCAUAAGGCCUUCAAAUACGCUGAUGGUUUGGCCAUAGAAACUAGAAGCUAAAAGUCACACAGAAGGGUUAGCAAGAUCUGAAUGGAACUCACACCACUGUCAUUUAUGAUCUCUAUCUUGGAAUAUGAGGGAGUAAGCUUCCAGCCUGGUAAAUGAAAUGUAGAAAGCAAGCUCACAUGUGGGAAGGUUUUGUUUUAAAAUCAUCUGAUUUACUUUAAAAUGUGCUUGGGUAGAGCAUUUUUACUUUCACUGUUUUGUACCCUGAAGUUAUUUUUACACAGUUGUAGAGCAAGACUGUUCGUCAGUGUAUCCCUUUCAAAUGUCUUUGAGAAGAAUGGAGGAAAAGAAACACUUUUGUAUGUAUUUAAAACAAACCAACCAACCUGUUUUACAAGUCAUUUUGCGACAUGCCAGUACCAAGACGGUACUUUGCCUUAACUGUUUACGCACUUUCAUGGAGACUGCAAUACAUUGCUAUGAGCACUUUCUUUAUCCUUGAGGUUUAAUCUUCUUCCUUCUUUCUAUGACAUAAUGAUUUCCGGUUGUAAAAUCUUUGUAAAAUAUUUCUAUAUAAAAACAUUUUUAAAA